AUGUCCGACAUUCUUGUCUUGGGCGCAACAGGGUAUACUGGUCGCCUCAUAGCAAGAUAUCUUGCCCACCACCCCCAGCGUUCCACGUUCUCGCUCGCUCUCGGUGCACGCUCCGAGGCGAAGCUCGAAGCUCUCAAACGCGACCUUACGCUUGACGACAGCGUCGCCCUCAUUCAGGUGGACGUGUCUAAUCGGCUGGAGGUUGAGCAGGCUAUACGCAAUGCCAAAGUUGUCGUCAGCGCCGUGGGCCCAUACUGGACGUGGGGUGUUAACGUCGUUCGCUAUGACUACCUGGCGGCCAAGACAGGCGCAAUCCUCGUACCGUCUUGCGGCUUCGACUCCGUCCCGGCAGACCUGCUCGUGAUGCUGAACAACCGCACGCUCAAGGCGGCCGCAGGCGCACAGGUGGCGCUCGCACGCUCGCUAUCCGUGUAUCGCAUCGCGGGGGCCGUGUCGGGCGGGACGUUCUCGACCGCGCUCACGCUGCUGAGUGAGGUGUCCGCGCACGAGCUGCGGGAGGCGUGGGACGACUACGGGCUCAGCACCGGCAUAUGCGGCGCGCCGAGCCCCUCGCCUCCGCUGUGCUACACCAUCCCGUUCGCGCAGCCGGGCGCGUACGCGCUUGCGUGGCCGAUGAUGCACACGAACCGCGCAAUCGUCCAGCGCACAUGGGGCCUGCGUGCGCUCGCAGCGCAGGGCGCGCGUGGUAGUGCAGAGACGGCAGACGAGGCGGCGCAGGGAGCGUAUGGUCCGCGGUUCACGUACGAGGAGUGUCUCGAGCUCCCGUGGCCGCGCGGGUGGCUGCCGGUCGCGGUGCUGAAUGUCGCGUACUACUUUACGAUGGCGGUGCUGGCCGCGUUCCCACCGGCACGAUGGCUGUUGAGGCAACUCGCGCCCGCUCCGGGGCAGGGCCCGGCGGAAGCGUCACUUGAACGGGGAUUCAUGGAGGUAACGAACUACGCUUCGGCGGAUACGACCGCCGGUGCGCGGCCGGUGCACGUCAGGACGACGUUGCGCGGGCGCGGAGACCCCGGGUACGCACUUGCGUCUGUUAUGGUCGCGGAGGCGGCGCUAGGCCUGCUGCUCGAGAGGGACGCGCUGCCGGCGAUUGCGCGCGGCGGGGGGCUGUUCACGCCGGCGACGGCGCUCGGAGAGGUGCUCGUACGGCGGAUGGAGCGAUCGGGGCGAUUCGAAUUUGUAAGCGAGGUCGUGGGCGGGGCGGGCGCAGGCGCAGGCGAGGACGUCAAAACGCGGUGA